AUGUCGGGGAAGUUACUGAACCAGUCCAUUCAAAACUUAUACAGUUGUCCAAAGAUGGAUGGAAUCGUUUUCCCCCAUCGACUAGUACAAAGCCAAGUAGAUCUUCAAAGUGAUUGGCGUAAGGAUCCCAGGAUUAUGGGUCUUCGUAAAUUCAUAAGAGACAAACUGAUAGAAAUUUUUCUUCAGCAUCGAAAAGCUAAAGAGUGGAAAUUAAGGAUAUCUUCUACAGUGAACCAAUUGGAGAACCUUCUGUUUAGAAAGGCCACUUCAAUAGAGGACUACAUGAACCAGGACACCCUGAUUCAUCGGAUGAUGAUUAUGGUGAGAACAGAAAAUGAUCAUCAUAGUCAACAAGUAGAGCAUUGCUUUAGUCCCGGCUUUUCCAACCUUACUAUGAUGAUGGCAAGUCCAGUAGUCUCAAACAGUAGUUGCAACUCAAAUUCACCAGAGCCUCCUGUUCAUCUUUCUGUAACCACCGGUACUAUUUGUGAUUUGUUGGUGACAGACAACAGAUCCAUACCUGAUGGAUGUAAUCAGCAACUAGCUGAUUAUUCUUCUGAUUGUGGUCCAAAUAAUAUGCUUUCACCAAAUAGCAGAUUGCAAGUUACUAGCCAGGACCUGUUAAAGCAGCAUUUAUUUGAUCAAGUGGACUCUUUGAGGAGUUCUAGCAUGUCUCAGAGCCAGCCUUCCAUACACAGGUCUCCGAAUAAAGCUUUUAAUGUUGGGUCAGCCUUUACUGGGAGCAAUGUACAGUACGUUGAUGGGCCAGUGUCAGCUUCUGAGAGUUAUCUGAAUAUCUCUAGCUGUGGCAGUCCUUCAGAAUCUCAACAUCUUGGUUUGAAUAUUCAAUAUCAACUGAUGCAGGGUCAUGAAGUGAAUGUUGCGAGAUCUUUGGGUGGGGUAAAUAACCAAAAUUUGAAUCAUCUGAAUAGUCAAAGUCUGAAUCAUCUGGGCCUUCAGUCUGAAGUGAGGGAAAGUACAUCAUGGCUGCCCAUUCCAAGCCUGCAGACUACACAUUCUCCACAGCACAUCCUUGAAACAUCUGAUGUUUUGUCCCAGUUAAAUGACUGGGAACAGAGUACUGGUACCGGGAAUUUACUCCACUCUCAACUGCUUAUGCAAAACCUCAAACAGUUCCAGCAGCAGGUGCCUAAUGAGUCAUAUGCACAGUUUGAUCAGCCAUCUGAGGCCCACCUGCCCGGCUACCCUGGUGGGCAAGCUCUUUGGAUAGGAUCAGACAAUAAUGAAGGAUUGCAAUUUGAACUUCUUGGACAGUAUCAUUAUUGCAAAUCUCAGAGCAUGCAACAGCAGCCUUUGGAACAGGAUCCUAGCAUGUCAGAUAAUUUUUUCCACUUAGAGUCUCACAAACUAGUACAAGGCCAUCAUCUGUCUCAGCAGAAUAAUCUAUCUUUGGAAGAUUUCGUUGGGGUUCAAAACAUUUCUAUCGAAAGCUUAGCAAAUUUCUCAUGUGCAAAAGGAGCUGCUGGAUCCAGCAAUACAUGUAGUGAAUUGGAGUAUCUGCAUAAGUUCCUGUUGUGUGCCCAGAAUGAAAUUUCCUCUGCUCCUGAUUAUAUGAAGCCUCUGUUGGAGCAUAUGAACUGCUGUCAUAGUGACCAGUGUCAGUGUGUAUUGUUCCGUCAACUUUUGUUGCAUCACCAUUAUUGUCGCAGCAAUGCCUGUCAUCUUUGUGGACCUGUUACAAGGGUAAGUAAUUGUCAUACAUUUGACUGCAAUUUGAAAAGAUCAAGCAAGGGCUCUCAAAGUACUGUUAAUAAUGGAGAUGCUGGCUGCUUUGCGAGCAAAACUACAGAAGAUAUGCAACCCCCUCUGAAACUUCUGAAGACAGAGGAUUCAUCUCUCUCGUUUUCAUCCAAGAAUGUAACCUCUGAAGUGUUAGCUUCUGUCAUUGAUCAACCUCAUGCUUCUCAAGGACUUAAACAAAUGGAAGAACAGCUUGAUGUACCUGUAUCUGUUAAACCUGAGGCCACAGAGGUGCAGAUGGAAUUCUUAGAAAGUCCGAUUCAGGACAUAAUAAAUAUUGGUGAGAUUAGACAUUAUGAUCCUGAGGAAUCUCACAAACUGAAGCGUGAUGGUGAUACUGUUAUUUCUGAAGAACUUGUUACUUGCAGUACACUUGUGGACAUCCGAGAACAAACCAAAGUUGACCAGUACAAGCAAGAAAAAGAACAUGAAAUUAUCACAGAAGUUGAGUAUGUCAGAGAAACAAAACUGGGAAAGCCAAGGAUAAAUGGUGUAUCUUUGACUGAAUUAUUCAAUAAAGAGCAAACUAAGGAGCAUAUCUUGAGUCUCAGACAGUGGGUUGGUCAGGGAAAAGCAAAAGUGGAGAAGAACCAUGCGAUGGCACAUUCUACAAGUGAAAAUGCAUGCCAGUUGUGCAAAAUGGAGAACCUUUCGUUCCAGCCACCACCGAUAUACUGCUCAUUAUGUGGUGCCCGUAUCAAGCGCAAAGUGAUGUACUACACUGCACCAGAUGGUAUUGUGCGUCACUGUUUCUGUACCUUAUGCUAUAAUGAAAAUCGGGUCGAGAGUAUCACUGUUGAUGGGCACAAUCUUCGCAAGGUAAGUCUGCAGAAGAAGAAGAAUGAUGAAGAAACUGAAGAAUCGUGGGUCCAAUGUGACAAGUGUCAAGGUUGGCAACAUCAGAUAUGUGCUCUCUUUAAUGCUAAAAGGAAUGAGGAGGGGAAAGCUGAAUACAUAUGUCCAUAUUGCUAUUUGCAAGAGCUGGAAUGUGAAGAGCGCAAACCCUUGGGGGAUGAUGUUCUUCUUGGUGCUAAAGAUUUGCCGAGGACUAAGCUUAGUGACCACAUAGAGAAAAGACUCUUUAUGCGUCUCAAGCAAGAGAGAGAAGAGAGAGCAAAAGUAAAGGGAAUGAAUUUUGAUGAGGUACCUGGAGCAGAAGGUCUAGUUGUCAGAGUGGUUUUAUCUGUUGACAAGAGAUUAGAAGUGAAGCAGAAUUUUCGGGAUACAUUUCGGGAGGAGAAGUACCCAUUGGAAUUCCCUUAUAGAUCAAAGGUCAUUCUCUUGUUUCAAAGGAUUGAAGGGGUAGAAGUAUGCCUGUUUGGAAUGUGUGUCCAGGAGUUUGGUUCAGAUUGUUGCUACCCAAAUAAACGCUGCGUUUAUCUCUCUUACCUUGAUUCUGUGAAGUACUUCAGGCCAGAGAUUAAAUCUGUGACUGGAGAGGCUCUCCGUACCUUUGUUUACCAUGAAAUAUUGAUAGCAUACCUAGAUUAUUGCAAGAAACGAGGUUUCUCACGCUGCCAUAUAUGGGCCUGCCCCCCUUUUAAAGGUGAAGAUUAUAUUUUAUAUUGCCAUCCAGAAAUUCAAAAGAUGCCGAAGUCUGAUAAGCUGCGGGAAUGGUAUCUGAUGAUGCUAAGAAAAGCAGCCAAAGAAAAUAUUGUAGUGAAUGCCACCAACUUAUAUGAUCACUUCUUUGUCCCUGAUGGGGAAUGCAAAGCUAAGAUAACAGCUGCCCGAUUGCCAUAUUUUGAGGGUGACUAUUGGCCUGGAGCUGCUGAAGAAAUGAUCUAUCAUUUAAAUCAAGGAAUAGUUGAAGGAAAACCACAGGGGAAAGGAAAGAUGUCUGUAUCGAGAAGGACUCUAAAAGCAAUGCGCCAGACUCAUAUUUCUAAAAAUGCCACCAAGGAUAUUCUCCUAAUGCAAAAACUUGGGGAAACUAUUCUCCCAAUGAAAGAAGACUUUAUAAUGGUCCAGUUGCAAUAUGCUUGCACACACUGCUCUGAAGUUAUCAUUUCUGGGAACCGUUGGAUUUGCAAGCUAUGCAAAAAUUUUCAGCUCUGUGAAAAUUGUCAUGCUAUGGAAAAGAACCUAGACGAAAGGAAAAGGCAUCCCUUCAAUAGUAAGAGGAAGCAUGAACUAUCUCCGGUCGAGGUGGAUGUGCCUUUUAAUACAGAGGAUGAGUGUGAGAUCCUAGAUAGUGAGUUGUUUGAGAACCGACAGACCUUUCUUACCUUCUGUCAAGUGAACCAUUAUCAGUAUGAUACUCUUCGUCGGGCCAAACAUUCCUCAAUGAUGAUCCUCCACCAUCUCCACAAUCCAACCACACCUGCUGUCAUCAUCACAUGCAGCACGUGUCAUAAUGAUAUUGAGGUGGGAGAGAGCUGGCACUGCAAAGUCUGCCCUGAGUUCGUAGUGUGUGCUGUUUGCUAUCAAAGAGAAGGUGCUGGUGUUCAUGCCCACAAGUUGACAAUGCACUCAUCCAUGGUCAAUCAUAAGAGAGACACUAAAGAGGCUCGGAAGAGAAAAGCUUCAUGGAUAGAGCGAAUGCUGGAAGUUCUGGACCAUGCCUCGCGCUGCCGUCUGGGCCGCAGCAACCCUUGUAGCUAUCAAUAUUGCAUGAAAAUCAAAAAAUUAUUCUGCCAUGCAAAGGAUUGCAAGAUCCGUGCCAGUGGGGGUUGUAAACCCUGUAGAAAAAUUUGGGCCAUCCUGAAGUUGCACACAAGGAACUGCAAGCAGCCGGAAUGCCCUGUGCCACGUUGCAUGGAUAUGAAGAAGCAUGCAACAAGGCUUCAAUUGCAAUCAGAUACCCGGCGAAGGGCUGCAGUUACCGAGUUCAUGAGACGGCAGGCAGCUGAGAUUGCAGGUAACAGUGGGCAACCCAAUUGUAUAGUUAGUUAUGGGAUUAACAAUAACAGCAAUGACCUGUUGCUGCCAGAAUAAA